AUGGAGAAUAUGGCAUCCUAUCAUUUAAUCAAUAAAGUCGUAGCAGGUAAAAAUCAUGUUAACUUCAUCGAUCAAUUUGUAAAGGAUAGCCAUAGCUGUAUUAAAGAGUAUAACUAUAGGAAUACUUGGAGUAUAUCGAAAACUAGUAAAAAUAUAAUCGGACCACCUACCAAUUUUCCUAAUUAUGGAGAUUUUUCAGGAUCACUUGUUAUGAGAACUAAUGGUUUCGACAUCUCGACAUCUCCAUGGCAAAAACCUAUAACAAGCUCAUAUGACAAUCCACCACAAGAUGUUAGCCACAUGUAUUGUAAUUAUCUUCAUCUCGAGUUUCAUACAGCUGUAUAUCCAGUCAGAGUCUCUAUAUACGAAGUAUAUAAUCCUGGGUAUGUAACUGAAAUUUGGGCUCGAGGAUGUGAUCAGAGGAAGAACCAAUGGUUUCUAUUAUGGAGUGGACCACCUCAGACUGCAGUUCCUUUGACAUCGCGGAUAUUUUCGCCGCCGUUAAAGUUCUGUAACUUCAAAAUCAAUGAACUCAAACUACAAUUUAUGUACAGCCAUUGGGACUAUUCCACACACCUAGAUGCUGUGAAGCUAAUUGGCACGUCAGAAUUAGUCAAACCUAAAAGUCCUGAACUAAAUUUGACUAAUCUGUUAAAAAGUAUUAACUGCAACUAUCUUUGCCAUGAAGACAGCCAUAAUUUAACACCUGAUAAAACUGCACACUUGGAUAUAGUUCAUCUGCAAAAAAAUUUCUCAAAAUAUUGCGUUAUUUGUAAAAGCAAUACAGCAAAGAGUUUUAACAAGAGCCAGUUCGGGCACAAGCAAAUGUCACAGGAAAUAGAUGUGGGACGUUCUGAGCAGACAUAUAGAAAUCCGAUUAUUAAGAGAGGCAUUUGUAGGAACCAUUUCUUACGACAUCAUCCAAAUUAUGCAAAGUUAAUAAAAGAUAUCAAACUCUAUUCGAAAGAAUGCAAAGAGCAAUCAAUACAAAGAAAUAGUACUAAUAAUAUUAAAAAACUUGGAUAUAAGGUCGCUGUGCCGUUUGAGCCAAAUUCUACUUCUGUUCACAAUGUUUUAUUUUACUUUACACCUAGAUGUGAAUAUUUACAACAAUUAGAUCUUACAUCAAGCAACAUUUCUGUUCAAAACUUCAACGAAUUUGUCAACAUUUGCGGCAAGGGUUUAACGCACUUACGAUUAAGUAACUGCCGAUUUGUUGACAACUCGGUUCUAUUAAGAAUUUCGAUAACAUGCAAAAUGUUGAAAGUAUUGGAUCUCAGUUUUUGUGGUCAUCCGAAAUACGAACUAGAAGACGUUCCUAUUUCGUGUCUCAAAAAUCUAGAAUUUCUAGAGGAUUUAAACCUUAAAGGGAUAAAUGUAGCAACUGAAACUCUUUGUAAAAUAUUGCAAAAAAAUCGCCGGAUGCGUAACUUAAAUUUGGACAUAGAAAACGGAUCAUUCAACAGAACGUUUUCCAAAAAUCGAGAUGCAGUUGCAAUACAAUUGGGAAAUUCGUGUCCAGACUUGGAAAUAAUAGAUUUAAAGGGCUGUGUUAUUACGUCGCGAGGUAUUGAGGCCCUCGCUAAGUGCAAGAAAUUACGAAAACUGAACAUUUCAUAGACCGUGAACAAUAAUAAUUUGGGUGGAAUCGAUCAGCUUAGUUUACAUAGAUUGUUUUCCUCCUGCCAAUUCCUGGAAGAAGUCAAUUUGAUGGGUCUUGGGGGCAAUUUCGACGAACAGCUGACGCUGUGUAAGAACUUAAAACAAAUAUACUUGGAUGUACCUACCGCGUACCUACCAGAGAACGCCG